AUGAUGCUCCCGCGGCGAUACACCCGCCUGUCGCGCCUGCCAAGGACGCUACUGUUCGACCUGCUGCCAGCGCUACUGCUGCUCUGGUCCAUCGUCGAAGUCAUCAGCAUCCGGCGCGCCCUGCAAGCCUCGGACGCCGCAGCUUCGCAAGCCGCCCACGCCUUCCAGCCGGGGGAGAAGGUCUUCAUCUCGAGCAUCCACCUGCACGACGAGCCGCUCCUACGCGCGCACUGGAACACGGCCGUGUUCGAGCUGGCGCAGGCCCUCGGCCCGGCCAACGUCUUCGUCAGCAUCUACGAGAGCAACAGCUACGACGACACCAAGGGCGCCCUGCGCGAGCUCGACGACAACCUCCGCCGCAUCGGCGCCCGCACCAACAUCGUGCUGGACACGGCCACGCGCGAGCAGGAGCUCCGCCGCGACGACGCCGCCGAUGGCUGGGUCAGGACCCCCGAGGGCAAGCGCGAGGUCCGCCGGAUCUCGUACCUCGCCCGUCUGCGCAACCGCACGCUGCAGCCGCUUGCGGACCUCGAGAAGCAGGGCUUCCGCUUCGAUAAGGUCGUCUUCCUCAACGACGUCGUCUUCACCGCACACGACGUGCUCAAGCUCCUCGCCACGCACUCCGGCCACUACGCCGCAGCCUGCGCGCUAGACUUCAAAGCCCCGCCAACCUUCUACGACACGUUCGCCCUGCGCGACCUAGCGGGGCAUCCCCCGCUGCACCCCACGUUCCCGUACUUCGCGGCGCCCGCCUCGCGCAGGGCGCUCAAGGCCGGCGCCCCCGCCCCCGUGCGCAGCUGCUGGAACGGGCUGCUAGCCAUGGACGCGGCGCCGUUCUACACGAAGCUGGCACCCUUGCGCUUCCGGGCGCUGCCCGACGCGCUCGCGUCGACCCACCUCGAGGCGUCCGAGUGCUGCCUCGUGCACGCAGACAACCCGUACAGCGGUGCGCACGGCGUCUUCGUGAACCCGGCCGUGCGCGUCGCGUACAACAAGGUGGCGUACGACGGCGUCAAUCCCGCGCCUGGGGGCGGCGGGGCGUGGGUCUCGCUGUGGCGGCUGUGGCAGGGCGUCUGGGCCAACAGGGGCAUGCGCGUGCUGGGACUGUUGGAUCGCACAAGGGCGCACGCGGAGAUGGUGGUCGGGGAGCGGGUGAGGGCGUGGGAGAAGCGCAUGCGCAAGUCGGAGCCCGGCGCGUUUUGCUCGGUCGAUGAGAUGCAGGUGCUGCGUAUGGAUGGGUGGGCGCAUGUUUGA